AUGAAACACGCGAUUUUGGUUCUUCUGUUUUUCUGUAAGUUGGUGAUUAUUUGCUCAUAUGCGCCGGUAUAAGUUGGCCCUUUUAGGUUAAAUUUUAAGAGCCUACGUAUGACAGCAACCGGCUUCUCACGCUGUUCUAACUAACUUUUUCUUAUUUACUAUCUGCCUUAAAAUUAUGAUGCGGUAUGAUCUUAUGUUCGGAAAUAGCCAGCAAGUAUUCUGUAUAGUUUGUUAGACACUCUUCGUGCUAGUACUUUUACAUCUCUUGGGUGGAGAGGGAUUAUGAAUAUCCUCAAUGAAAAUAGUCAUUAAUAGACUGGAAUCAGAUUCUGAUUAAGGGCAACUAACUUAUGAUACUUAUAUUUGUUUAAGUGAGAUCACAAUUGGAUGGUAGGUCAGUCCUUCGAACUGAUGAAAAUUGCUCGAUGUUCCAUGCUUGUACCAAAGAGAAUACUCCCACACCCUAACAACCGUUAACCAACAUCUGUCCACGCAACAUUACAGUAGAUGUGCUAACUCAUGAAAUGUCAACCAAAAUUUUGAAAUGCUUUCUCGUUUCGAGAAGAUAAAUUAAGUUGUGUUGCAAAACUUAUCAUGACGUAGCAUAAGCCUAUAAUUAUCCAGUUACCGCAGGGUAUCGGCUUUUGAAAGAACUUCGUUUCGGCUGUAUGCUAGAUCCUUACUCUGCAAAAAUUACCUACUCAAGUAGUGUGCAAUUUGUAAAUUGUUUUUCGAUGCCCCUGAAAAUUCAAUUAUAUUUCAUGGAAAACAUGCAUAAAAAUAUCCAUUGUUUUACUUUUUCGGUAGAAAAUCACGCUAAAUCAUACACAACAAGAAGCAUGACAUUCUGUUUUAAAAAAACCUUUCUAAUUCCCGAAUAAAUUUGGACCCGACCUGCUGUUACACUUGCAUUCAGUGUUUUAAAACUACAAGCUGUAUAUUUUCCGUGUACGGAAGACCAUGCAUUGCUCUACGGUGUUAAGAGGAGACCAUAUGAGGUUCAUGAAAGUAAGCAGUGGAUUUGAGCAAUAUUGUUAACUUUACAAGCCACAUUCGUAAAUGCAGAUGCAUGACGUUUCAUGAACGGCCAUUUAACGUUAUUAAAUAAUCUCACAAUUAGAAACGUUUUAUAAACCAAUUUAUACUAGUUUUUGAGUAUGAAAUUGGAAGAAGAUGUGAUUUUCUACGGAACAAGUAAAACAAUGAAUAUUUUUAUGCAUGUUUUCCAGGAAAAAUAUAUGUGCAUUUUCAGGGGCAUCGAAAAACAAUGUAAAAGUUGCACACUAUAUGAGUAGUAAUUUUUUGUAGAGUAUAGAUCUAACAUAGAGCCAAAGAUAAGUUCUUUCGAAAGGCGACACCCUGUCGGUAACUGUGUCAUUAUAAAUUUAUGCUGCAUCAUGAUUAGUUUUACAACACUACUUAAAUUAUCUUUUCGAAACGAGAACGCAUUUUGAAAUGUUGGUUGACAUUUCAUGGAUUAGCACAUCUACUGUAAAAUAGACACACCUCCGGAAACAGCGACAACAGGGUGGGCACUUAUGAUACGGGCAAGACACUUGAUCAAAACAGAAGGCUUUCACUGAUUUAAAGCGUCUUUAAAAACCUGUAAGAAUGGCAGAUGCUGGCAUAUGUCUGUGCCGUUUUGUAGAUCAGACAUAGUCCGGUAUCAAGAAAGUAUCUCUAAAAUCCGCUUACAUGCUUGAUGAAUUUGAGCUCUACGAUUUUUUAAGCUCACAAGUGAUCCUAAUGCCUAUACUGCAGUCCUGAUAAUAAGGAGCUGCUUGAAGCCAAGAUGGUACGGUAUGCCACCUAAGGGAUGAAAGGUGUCAAAAUUUACGAGUGAUUGCUGAUUAGUUGCAGCCAGCACCAAUGCAUGGAUUCAAUAUCGACAGUAAUAAAGGGCAUUUUUAAUAGAACCGAAAAUACAAUUGAACUAUUAUAGGCAAUACUGCAAUGUGUAGUAGCACGAAUUUUCUUCGCAAAGCGGAAACUUCCGAGAACGUCAUAAAUGGUUGUAGUUUAGUAAAUUUAAUUUUGAAAGGAACUGUUAAAAGACGGGCAGCACAAAAAGAAUAAUGUUUGAACAUGGUCUUUCAGUGCACUUCACAUUAAAAUAUCCUUUACGAAUUAGUGUAUUAUCAGGUACGACAGUUUCCCAACGGCCUCCCUUCGGAGUAUAAAUUCCAAAGUGAUCUCCUGCGAAUUCGCUGUAUUUUCCAGGCUUUUGAAUUUAUUAAGGUAUAGCUCGAUAAGGCAGACAGGACUCUGCUUGAUUUCGCCGACAAGGACGCCAUAGGAAUAAGAGUUUUAUAAGGUCACAUAUUGGCAGGUCGGUCGCUGUCUAAAAGAUAAAAGUAGGUUUGACAUAUUUAAUAGUAAACAAAUCUUUAGGUGUAUACAAAGAGGCAAUCAGUUCUGUAAAACUAGCUUCCUAUUUUCGUUUUUCUGGAUUACGUCGAAUUUCAAUUUUGCCUUGGUACAUCGUUAAAUACUUCAUGCUUUACAGUGUUUUUAAUCGAUCGUCCACAAAGACUGAUUCUGUCUUCGAUAAACGUUCCAGAGAGACAAAUUUAAAAUUUACGCAACUGGGUUUAAAUUGAAGGAAUAACAACUCGCUUUUUUUCCUCCUCCUUUCAGACCUCAUUGAAGCGCGAUCAACUCACCAUUGGUGUAAGUUUAUCCGUGUUAUAUUCAACGGGACAAAUAAGACAAUAUUUUGACCUGUAUUUAUGUUCGCGACAGGCUGAAAACUACAUAUUUAGACAUACAACAGGUUUACGUUGACACCUAAUUGAGAUGAGUAAAGAGGUUUUAUUUAACCUAUUGUGCUUAUUUAAUUUACUUUUAUCUAGAAGGUCGCCAGCGAGUCUCAGACGAAUUUGCCUUAAUUGUUGAGCCAUAACAUUGGCUAUUGACGAAGCAAGUAGUGCAAGUGCACAAAGCAUGUUUGAAGUUUUAGCACAUUAACCCCUACCAUGUAUUUAAGUCCGUCAAUUUUGUUUCCAUCAGAGCCAGUUCGUGACUAUAAUAUUUAAUGCCUCACUGCUGAUACGAGUUGGUUUCUGCUCACAUUCACUAAGUGCGGGUCUUAUGGUAAAUGAGUAAUACUGUCAAAUGAAGUCAAACCUCCCGGUUAAAAUAAGUGGUUCUACAUGGGAUGAUUAGUGUGCACACAAGCAAAGUCAUCAUUGUGCGUAGCUUCAAUUAUUAAGGCUCAUACUAUUAAAUUAUGCUCUAUUGACUGCCGGUUGCGAAUGAUCACCCACGGUAAGUACCUGCUCAUCAUCUACCGCUGGUUUUUCAUGAACAAACCUAAACACAUGUUUGACAUAUUUUCGUACGAAAAGUCGAAAUCCAUUGUCAGUCAGAGUGUGCUUGUCGUAUGAACAAUUGACUAUGGACAUUAACACACUGCCUUUCGUCAGUCCUCUCGCUUGAGUAAGACUAAUUCACACAUAUAAGUGCUCCAUUAAACCUCACCUCACUGAAGGUCAUAAGAUUAAGACCCGUCAUUAAAUUAAAAACACAGAAGUAAGUGUGCCGAUAAAAAAACAUGCCUGCACAUUUUUAAUGUUCCACGCUGGAUACUACACUAACCGGUAUAUAAAGUAAUCUGACCCCUUCAAAAUGCAGUGUUCGCUCACAGAACCUGGAUGCAUAAAAGCAGAAUGGUUUAUCUUAUCACGCACAGACGACCGUUUAACCGCUCCACUUUAAUUGCAAAUGUUAAAAUCAGGAGCCGUAGAAAAUGGUUGAAUAAACAGAUGACUGAGAAAUACAGCUCAAAGUAAGCAAGGCACAUCUGUGCAACCUGCAAACUCCAAACGUCAAAGCAAUGAUGGCGCAACCAAAUUGUGUUGGCAUGAAAGUCGACACGCAAUAGCGAAUUUAGCAGAAAAAAAUAGUGGUCCAAUUUGUGAUUAAAAUCGGAAAAGUUCAGAAAGGGGAACGUAAAAAUAGAGUAAUGUGGUUUGCAAUAGCAGAACAAACGGCAAAUGAAAAGUACCAAUCGGAGCAUACUGGGACACUUUGACAAAAUGUCAAUUAAGUACAAAAAUAAGUUAGUCAGGCCGAAAAGAUGGGUUCCAUGCGGAUAUUUUUAGUUAAUGCCAGGAUUGACACAAACGACUUCAGUAAAUCUAUUUACUUCAGAAUAUUACGAAAUGAACUUUUUAAAGACCACAAAGACGGAAAAACGCAUAACAGAAAAGGGGAAGAAUGAGUCAAAGAGAAUGAAAACAGAAAAAUAAAAGUAAAUGAGCAUAAAAAUUUGCAGGGACUAAUGCGCAUGGAUGCACACAUUGCAAUAAAAAACAAAUACAAUAUGUGAAGCAGUAAAUAUGAAAAAAAGUGCAAAGUUAACGAGCCGUUAGCUAACGAGCAUUUAGCAUAUUAAAACCGGGAAGCAGAGAAAUAUAACAAAUAUUUCCAUUUCUAUGUUACAGCUACUUUGCCGCCGCAUACCGAAACACCUCCACCAGGAACAGAACCAAUGAAAAGUAAGCAAAGACAACGAAGAUAAUUAUUGAAAAUAGGAGGUAAAAGGAAACAACGGCAAAAACAUGACAUAACAAGGAAUGGAAAAAAUGGCAUAGGCUAGGGAAAAACUGAAGGAAGAAAGUAGACGGAGGACAAAUGAGCAAGAAGAAGAAACGAUGCAAAUUGCUGAAUCUCUGUGAGAAAAUAAGAUAAAAUACAUAAAAGUAUUAAAGACUGUAGACCGAGGAAAGGGCAAAAAGCAGAGGCAAUGCAAAUUGCAGAAUAUUUAAGUGUAGUCAGCAAAUGAGAGAACACAUCCAUAUGGGCUUAGUGAUCUGACGGUAUAAGUCUCAUCUAGUAUAAUAUAUAUUAUAUUAAUAUAUCAUUUGUAUUAUUAUUAUUAUGAGAAUAGAGGUGUGGACGGCAAUGACAUUAGGGUCUGUGAGAUUUGUGUGUAGCACAGGACGUUGGGAGGCAGACAGCAAUCCCCAUGAUCGUCUCCCUGCAUUCUGUUUGCAGAAAGCGUAACCGAGGUUAAAGGCGAAUCUUCGUGGACCCCAAAGCCAUCUUCGCCUAGUAAGCGUAUUUUCCUACGCCAUUCCUCUCUCGCUAUUCGCUAUGAUCUGCAAACAGGCAGGACUUCAUAG